AUGGCGCCGACCGGGGACGACGAUCACUACCAUCCCAAAGAUGCGGUCAGCGCGGGUCUCCGGAAUGGCGCAAUCUUCGGUGGUGUCGGUCUUCUCGUCGCUGCCGUGAAAAACUCACUUGAAAAGAAGAAUGUCGGGCCGUGGAAAACCUUCACCAGGCGCGGCGAGUUGAUUGCUGCCAUGGCUGCCGUCGGCGGCGUCUACGAGUUCACUCGUCUGGCCUCUGCCAAUCUGCGCGAAAAGGAGGAUUUCUGGAACGAGGCCAUUGGAGGCUUUUUGGGGGGCGCAACGAUUGGUCUUAGAAGCGGACGCAUGACGAAGAUACUCGGCUUUGGCGCCUUGACUGGCGUGGUUACGGCAGUGUACGACUACACCGGUGGCAGUUUGAAGGGCCGCUUGGAGAGGCCGGAGAUGGAUGAAUACGAGCGGAAAGAGAUGCUGCGGAAGAACAGGAGAAGGCCUAUUGAGGAGACACUGGCCGAGAUUGGAGAGGGCCGAGGCAUCAAGCCGCCGGGCUACGAGGAGCGGAGGCGAGAGAGAAUCAAGGAGAGAUAUGGCAUCGAGGUCAAGACAUUCUCUGCCAACCCCGAUGCUGCCUGA